AAAGAAAGGAAAUAAAGGGUUUUUUGGUUUUUUUUGAGGGGGAAAUAAAAGAAAAAGAGGAAAAAAAAGAAGGAAUCGGGGCGGGCCUCAUCCGGGGCUCCGUCAAUGCCGCGGUUGAAGCAGCGCCGGCCACAGCAGCUCCGAUACGGCGCCCCCGCAGCCCCCCAUUGCCUUCCAAAGGAUCCUUCCUCCAUAUUGGGUUCCCUUCCAACCAUGCCAUCAGAACCGGACCCCCCCUCCCGCCGUCGCCCCCCACCCCAAACCCCCUCCCCAAAUAUAGGGGGCUGCCCCAUAGAUAUCCCUCUCCUAUUAGAAGAACUCCGGGUCUUACAACAACGUCAACUCCGUCAGAUGCAACUGACCGAAGACAUCUGUCGGCAAGUCUUGCUUUUAGGGGCGCUAACCACCCCAAAAUCACGUGCCCCCCCCACCUCCCCACCACCCCCACCUCAUAAAAAGCCACGUUUCAUCACGGGGAAACCCUUUUUCCCUCUUUUUCACCCCAAAAACCAACCUCACGCCGCCGCCGCCGCCACCUUCUUCUUAGCGACCCCAUAUCGCGGGGUGAUGCCGGUGGUCUCGACCCACCCCACUAAUGUGGUUGUAGGGGAUGUUAUGGGGGCACGACAUGAAUGUGGGUAUUGUGGGAAGGGGUUUGGGGGGGAGAGCGCCCUCCAGAUCCACCUGAGAUCCCAUACGGGAGAGCGGCCCUAUAGCUGUAGUGUCUGCGGGAACCGCUUCACCACUAGGGGGAACCUGAAGGUUCACUACCAUCGGCAUCGGCAGAGGGGCAACCAGUUGGCCAUGAGCCCCACAACCAACAAUAGGGGGCAGUCGGCCUCCAGUAAUGACCAGUUGGCCUCCAGUAACAAUAUGGCCUCCAGUAACAAGAUGGCCUCCAGUAACGACCAGUUGGUCUCCAGUAACAAGAUGGCCUCCAGCAACAAGAUGGCCUCCAGUAACGACCAGUUAGUCUCCAGUAACAAGAUGGCCUCCAGUAAUGACCAGUUGGACUUCAGUAACAAGAUGGCCUCCAGUAACGACCAGUUGGUCGCCAGUAACAAGAUGGCCUCCAGUAAUGACCAGUUGGCCUCCAGUAACAAGAUGGCCUCCAGUAACGACCAGUUGGUCUCCUGUAACAAGAUGGCCUCCAGUAACGACCAGUCGGCCUCCAGUAACAAGAUGGCCUCCAGUAAUGACCAGUUGACCUCCAGUAACAAGAUGGCCGCCAGUAACGACCAGUCGGUCUCCAAUAACAAGAUGGCCUCCAGUAACGACCAGUUGGUCUCCAGUAACAAGAUGGCCGCCAGUAACGACCAGUUGGUCAACAGUAACAAGAUGGCCUCCAAUAACGACCACUUGGUCACCAGUAACAAGAUGGCCUCCAGUAACGAGCAGUUGGUCUCCAGUAACAAGAUGGCCUCCAGUAACGACCAGUUGGCCUCCAGUAACGACCAGUUGGCCUCCAGUAACAAGAUGGCCGCCAGUAACGACCAGUUGGCCUCCAAUAACAAGAUGGCCUCCAGUAACGACCAGUUGGCCGCCAGUAACGACCAGUUGGCCUCCAGUAACAAGAUGGCCUCCAGUAAUGACCAGUUGGCCUCCAGUAACAAUAUGGCCGCCAGUAACGACCAGUUGGCCUCCAGUAACAAGAUGGCCGCCAGUAACGACCAGUCGACCUCCAACAACCCCCAACCAAUCACCAACAACCAACCAAUCACCAACAACCAACCAAUGGCCAACAACCCCCAACCAAUGGCCAACAACCAACCAAUGGCCAACAACCCCCAACCAAUCACCAACAACCAACCAAUCACCAACAACCAACCAAUGGCCAACAACCCCCAACCAAUUACCAACAGCCAACCAAUCACCAACAACCAACCAAUGGCCAACAACCCCCAACCAAUCACCAACCACCAACCAAUUGCCAACAACCAAUCAACGGCCAACACCCCCCAACCAAUCACCAACAACCAACCAAUGGCCAACACCCAACCAAUGGCCAACAACCAACCAAUGGCCAACAACCAACCAAUAGCCAACAACCAACCAAUGGCCAACACCCAAUCAGUGGCCAACAACCUCCAACCAAUCACCAACACCCAAUCAGUGGCCAACAACCCCCAACCAAUCACCGACCCCCAACCAAUGGCCAAUGACCCCCAACCAAUGGCCAACGACCCCCAACCAAUCACCAACAACCAAUCAAUGGCCAACAACCCCCAACCAAUGGCCAAUAACCAAUCAAUGGCCAACAACCAAUCAAUGGCCAACAACCCCCAACCAAUCACCAACACCCAACCAAUGGCCAACAACCAAUCAAUGGCCAACACCCAACCAAUGGCCAACAACCAAUCAAUGGCCAACAACCAACCAAUGGCCAACAACCAAUCAAUGGCCAACAACCAAUCAAUGGCCAACAACCAACCAAUCACCAACAACCAAUCAAUGGCCAACAACCAAUCAAUGGCCAACAACCAACCAAUGACCAACAACCAACCAAUCACCAACAACCAACCAAUGGGCAACAACCAACCAAUGGCCAACAACCCCCAACCAAUCACCAACAACCAACCAAUGGCCAACAACCAACCAAUGGCCAACAACCAACCAAUAGCCAACACCCAACCAAUGGCCAACAGCCAACCAAUCACCAACAACCAACCAAUGGCCAACAACCAACCAAUCACCAACAACCCCCAAUCAAUGGCCAACACCCAACCAAUGGCCAACAACCCCCAACCAAUGGCCAACAACCAACCAAUGGCCAACACCCAACCAAUGGCCAACAACCCCCAACCAAUCACCAACCUCCAACCAAUGGCCAACAACCAAUCAACAGCCAACACCCCCCACCCCAUAACCCCCAAUUGUUCCCUUAUGUGCCCUAUAGGUCCCACCCCACAUCUAUGGGUCGGCCCUAUAUCCAAACAACCCCAAUUAGACCCAACCCCGCCCCCCAUAAUCAGUGGGUCCCGCCCCCAGUGCCCCAUAUGUUUUAGGGUCUUACCCUGCCCUAUAGGGUCUCGACCCCGUUAUGUGGGUCAGGUCCCGUUCCGUUGUAGGGUUUGUGGGAUGGGGUUUUGCAGUCGGGGUCAUUUGAGGACUCAUUAUGUGGGGCACAGUGGGGCGCCCUAUAGGGCGGCUGUGGGGUCACGACAGAGGGGACUGAGGGGGUGGUAUGUGGGGAGGGGGAUGCUGGCCAAUGGGGAUGAGGGGGAACGGGAAGAGGAGGGCGGCCAUAUUGGGGGGGGAACCUCAAAGGAGGAAGAGGAAGAGGAAGAGGGCGGCCAUAUUGGGGGGGAGACCCCAAAGGAGGAAGAGGGCAGCCAUAUUGGAGGGGGGACCCUAAAGGAGGAAGAGGAAGAGGGCGGCCAUAUUGGAAGGGAAGCCCUAAAGGAGGAAAAGGAAGAGGAGGAGGAAGAGGAGGGCGGCCAUAUUGGGGGAGGAACCCCAAAGAAAGAAGAAGAGGGCGGCCAUAUUGGAGGAGGGACCCCAAAGGAGGAAGAGGGCGGCCAUAUUGGAGGGGAAGCCCUAAAGGAGGAUGAGGAAGAGGAAGAGGGCGGCCAUAUUGGGGGGGGAACCCUAAAGGAGGAAGAGGAAGAGGGGAAACAGGAAGAGGAAGAGGAGGAGGAAGAGAAGGGCGGCCAUAUUGGAGGGGAAACCCCAAAGGAGGAAGAGGGCGGCCAUAUUGGGGGGGAGACCCCAAGGGAGGAAGAGGAAGAGGGUGGCCAUAUUGGAGGGGAAACCCUAAAGGAGGAAGAGGAAGAGGAAGAGGAAGAGGAAGAGGAAGAGGAAGAGGAAGAGGAGGAGGAAGAGAAGGGCGGCCAUAUUGGGGGGGGAACCCCAAAGGAGGAAGAGGAAGAUGGCCGCCAUAUUGGAGGGGAGACCCCAAAGGAGGAAGAGGGUGGCCAUAUUGGAGGGGGGACCCCAAAGGAGGAAGAUGGCCGCCAUAUUAGAGGGGGAACCCCAAAGGAGGAAGAGGAAGAGGGCGGCCAUAUUGGAGGGGAAACCCCAAAGGAGGAUGAGGAAGAGGAAGAGGAAGAGGAAGAGGAAGAGGAAGAGGAAGAUGGCCGCCAUAUUGGAGGGGAAACCCCAAAGGAGGAAGAGGGCGGCCAUAUUGGGGGGGAGACCCCAAGGGAGGAAGAGGAAGAGGAAGAGGAAAGGAGGAAGAGGAAGAGGAGGAGACUCAUGGGGAGGAACCAAGGGGGGGACACAGAAGACACGGAGCCCCCCCAAAAAAAACAGGGGAUGGGGGAGACGUAGAGAGGACCCCUGACAGACACCGACGAGUAGCCUAAAAACUAAAGGAUUUAAACCCAAAUUGAGGGGAUUUACACCCAAAUUUGGACAAAAACACCCAAAUUUUGGGGGAGUUUCACCCCAAAAUCCACCCCUUCCCCCACAGAAAUUAACUCCCAUAGCAUAGAACGGAGGCUCCCUCCGCUAUUAAAGCAUUUUACUGACCAUUU